AUCACCCGGCACUUUUCAUUAUUGCUGCUUAACUUAGGAACAUAAAAAAGUGAGCCUAUUCCAUCGAAUUCAGUGGGUUGAUUUCGACGAAAUUUAUGCGCAAACUUUCCGUCACAGCAUCGCGUGCGUCUGGACCAAGCAUUUUCUUCAGUCUUCGUCGCGACGCCUGUUAGAGCCACUAAACUGGCGUCGGCACCUGUAGGAAAGCGCGUACAAAUUUGGAAAAGUUUAAUCGGGAAAGUCAUUUUCAAUUCUUUUGUAAACAAGUUCAGAAGGGAGUAAGGGUCACCUGUCCAUUACUGUGGACCAGCUUCAACGAAAAACAAAAUCGGACAACUCUGAAAUGGUGGAAUGGAUGGCGAUCGGAUAAUCCUAAACGUUGGCGGGAUUCGCUACGAAACCUAUAAAGCAACUCUGAAAAAAAUUCCAGCAACUCGACUAUCCAGGCUUACGGAAGCUCUGGCAAAUUACGAUCCGGUUCUCAACGAGUUUUUCUUCGAUAGACAUCCCGGGGUGUUUGCACAGAUUUUAAAUUAUUACAGAACGGGUAAACUACAUUAUCCCACCAAUGUAUGUGGACCACUUUUUGAGGAAGAACUUGAAUUUUGGGGCUUAGACUCGAAUCAAGUAGAACCAUGUUGUUGGAGCACUUAUAGUAUUCACCGAGAUACCCAGGCUACAUUAGCUAUCCUGGACAAACUAGACAUAGAUUCUGAAAAACCGAGCGAGGAAGAAGUGGCUAGAAUGUUCAGUUACGAGGAAGCUUAUUAUAAAGGAACACUGACCAGAUGGCAGAAAAUCAAACCGAAAAUAUGGGCCCUCUUCGAUGAACCAUACUCUUCAUCGUCUGCCAAGGUACCUCCGAUCAAUGUGCAGCAUCGAAAUAUAGUCGCUGGGGCAUCGGUAUUCUUUAUUUGCGCUUCCGUUUUCUCUUUUUGUUUGAAAACCCAUUCGGAAAUGCGAGUGAAAUGCGAAAACAAUAAGGAACCAAACUGCACCGAACCGCAUCCAUAUUUCCUUACCGUAGACCAUUUUUGCAAUGCCUGGUUUACGUUUGAAUUAUCAGUACGACUAAUUGUUUCUCCGAACGUAAUCGAAUUCAUCAAAUCCCCAGUAAACGUAAUUGAUUUUGCCGCCACACUCAGCUUUUAUAUCGACAUGAUCCUGAUAUUCGAGAAAAAAAGUCAAUUGUUGGAUUUUUUCAGCAUAAUUAGGAUUUUGAGACUUUUUAAACUAACAAGACAUUCACCGGGAUUAAAAAUCCUUAUCCAUACAUUUAAGGCAUCAGCAAAGGAACUAGCUCUUUUGGUGUUUUUUCUGAUUUUAGGAAUAGUUUUCUUUGCCAGUCUUGUAUAUUAUGCAGAAAAGACGCAGGAUAAUGAAAAAAAUAAUUUCAAGAGUAUACCAGAAGGCUUAUGGUGGGCAAUUGUGACAAUGACUACAGUGGGAUAUGGCGACAUGGCCCCGAAAACAUAUGCAGGAAUGUUUGUAGGGGCUUUAUGCGCUUUAGCAGGCGUCCUUACCAUUGCGCUGCCGGUGCCUGUGAUAGUUUCAAAUUUCUCCAUGUUUUAUUCUCACACGCAGGCGCGAGCAAAACUUCCCAAGCGGAGGCGAAGAGUUUUGCCUGUUGAACAGCCCAGACGAAAGAACAAGCCAGAUGGUAUAGGAAAUCGUCGAGUAAAUGCUAUCAAACAUCACCAUCCUGCCAUUAUGAAAGAUGCGUUUGGAACAAAAAUUGGCAAUGCAAAUGGAAUUCCUGUGAUUAACUUGGCACUAGAAGGACCCUCUAUUCCCAGCAUUGCGGUGUUACCACAUAACAAUCCAUUUAAUUUUCAAAAUCCACAAGUCAUUCUACCAGCAAUACCUUCCAGUGGAUCUCCUAGCAUGGCAAUAACUCCACUACGCUCACAAUCAUCAACAGGUGGCAGUGUAGAAACAUUACCAUUGCAGCCAAAAUAUCUUCCAGGAUUCUACAGAGAAACUACUUCAGAGCCAAGAGAAGUAGCUGCUUUGAUGGCGCCGCAAGAAAGCAGCCCACCCAGAAAGCGAUCUUUUUCAAAUCGAAUAUAUCCCCUUGAAAACGUUAAAGAAAAUGAAAUUAAUUUAGCGACUGUAUCAGCCAUAGCAAUUGGAAGUUCCACGGAAGUUCUGGUUAGCAUCAUUGAGAAUCAAGCUAGACUGAGAAGAAACUCGUUUCUUUCAGUCAAUUCAGUUGGAAGUGAGGCCAAAUUGAAUUCUCCAUUGGAAGAGGAGCAGGAAAACAACUUUUUCACAAAUCCUAGCACGGAACUAACCACUAUCCUGAAUUCACCUAAAGAAGAAAAUGAUAAUAGGUUGAUGGAAGAUACGUUUAUUAUCACUAAUGAACAAAACCCUGUUAAUAAUAAUUCUGAUUGCGCCCUGACCAAAUGUAAAACUUUAAGCCAAGCGAGCGUCGUUGUCUAGAUGUAUUUUACCAUUGAAUGUUUUAUAAAUAAAGUUUCUGAUAAAUUCGA